GUCGCUGCUGAAAAGAGCCAUGACCUUCCCAAAGAUGUCCAGUACAGCGCCAAGAUGGCUAAGGAUCAUGCCUCUGCUAUACAGCAUGCCGAAGAGACAAUAAAACACUUGUUGACCUCUACGGAACAGUGGGACCAUAAAUUCUCAGGACUGGAGCACCUCAUGCCGGGGGCAAGAAGCCAAAUCUAUGAAUAUGUGAAGGAGCACUGGGCAGAAGACUCAUUCUUUGGCUACCAGUUCCUGAACGGCUUCAACCCCAUGGUGAUCCAACGCUGCUCCGAGCUGCCCAAGAACUUUCCCGUCACCGAGGAGAUGGUCAGGGAUUCCAUGGGGGGAAGCACCUUGGAACAAGAGAUGAAGGAUGGGAACAUCUUCCUGGUUGACUACAGGAUAUUGGAUGGACUUGUGGGAAACGUAGUCCAUGACGAGCAGACUUACCUUGCUGCUCCUCUGGUCUUGCUCUACGCCAACCCUAAGGGCCAGAUGAUGCCCAUUGCCAUUCAGCUCACACAGGAAGUCACCGUUCCAGAUGCGUGUGUGAAGGGAGAGCUGAAGCAGAGCCCCAUCUUCCUCCCCACUGACGGUAAGUAUGACUGGCUCCUGGCCAAGACGUUCGUCCGCCUCGCUGACAGCGUGCACCUAAUGGUCACCCUCUGGUUGAGGACUUACCUCCUGGGUGAAGUGUUCUCCAUGGCCACUUUGAGGAACCUUCCAUCCACGCACCCGCUCUAUAAGCUCCUCAUCCCCAACACCAGAUAUAACAUCGCG